GGCGGGAGGGAGGCGGGCCGCGCAGGCGCAGUGCGGCGCGGGGCUCCAUGUCGCGGAGGGCCCUGCGGCGGCUGCGGGGCGAGCAGCGGGGCCAGGAGGAGCCGGGCCUGGGCGAGUUGGGCCUGGCCUCCGGCCCCGAGCGAGGCGGGGGGUGGCCGCAGGCAGCUGCCAAAGCCAGGGGUCGCCCCGGUGUCAGCAACCGCUUCGAGCUGAUCACCAGUGAAGAACUGGAGGAUGACCUGUCAUCCAAAGAAGGGCGAGCAGAUGCCAGGCUCAACGAGCACAAUGUUGCAGAGGGAAGCAAUGAGGAGCCUACACCUGAAGAGGCAGAACACAAUGGGCAGAGAGAUGGGAAAGGGACAAACCAGCCAGACCAAACGCCUGUGUUGAAUAACAAGCCACGAAAGAAAAAAAAGAAAAGGAAAACAAAGAAAACUUCAGCAGGCGAGGCUCUGGAAGAUGAUGACCUGGAAGACAUCGACAGCUUGCUGGAGAAGAUUGAGGAUACCAAUGGACUAUCACAAGAGAGCCAGAGUGGAAUAAUUGCUGACAGCAAGCCUCUGCUCUACAUAGAGCACAGGAACUUGAAUCCAGAGAAUGAGUUGAAGAGAUACUUUGGGGCUCGUGCUGUUCUUGGUGAUCAGAGGCCGAGGCAGAGGCAGCGCCAGUAUGUCCGCAGCACGUGGCUGACAGCUCCCAAGAAUACCUGGCCACGCUACAGCAAAACAGGUAUUGCCAUGCAGCUGGUGGAGACCAGGAGGGGCGUGCAGUAUUUCACAUUCGAGCACCACCGCGAGUACCAGCAAGUGCAGUUCAAGUUUCUGGAUGCUGUGGAGUCCAUGGACCCCAACAACAUCGUGCUGCUGCUUCAGAUGAACCCGUACCACGUGGACUCCCUUCUGCAGCUCAGUGAUGUCUGCCGGAUGCAAGAGGAUCAGGAGAUGGCCCGUGACCUCGUAGAGCGGGCGCUGUACAGCCUGGAGUGCGCCUUCCACCCUGUCUUCAGUCUCACCAGUGGGAGCUGCAGGUUGGACUACCGGCGGCCAGAGAACAGGGCUUUCUUCCUGGCUCUGUUCAAACACCUGAUGUUCCUGGAGAAGAGGGGCUGUCCCCGGACAGCCCUGGAGUUCUGCAAGCUGAUUCUGAGCCUUGAUCCAGAGAGUGACCCCCUGUGUGUGCUGCUGCUGAUCGAUUUCCUGUCCCUCCGAGCCAGAGAGUAUGCCUUCCUGACACGCAUGUUCCAGGAGUGGGAGAGUCACCGGAAUUUGUCCCAGCUCCCCAAUUUUGCCUUCUCGGUGCCACUGGCGUAUUUCUUCCUGAGCCAGCAGGAGGAGCACUCGGAGCUGGAGCUGAGCCAAGCCCGGGAGAGGGCUGCCCGGCUCAUCCAGCAGGCGCUGAUCAUGUUCCCAAGCGUUCUUAUGCCGCUGUUGGACCACUGCAGUGUGCAGCCUGAUGCCAGGGUCGCCUCCCAUUCCUUUUUUGGGCUGAAUGCUCAGAUAAGCCAGCCUCCUGCCUUGAACCAGUUGACAUCCCUCUACGUGGGAAGGACUCACUCCCUGUGGAAGGACCCUGCUGUCAUGGCUUGGCUGGAGACGAACGUCCACGAGGUCUUACGCAUGGUGGAUGCCAGGGACCCGCUGGUGGAGGAGUCUGAGCGCAGGAGGAAAAUGCGAUACCAGAGUGCACCCAGGAAUAUCUACCGGCAUGUCAUCCUUUCAGAGAUGAAGGAGGCCACGGCAGCUCUGCCUCUGGAGGUGACAUCGCAGCCUGUGAUGGGGUUUGACCCCCUUCCUCCUUUAGACUCCAUCAUCUCCUACACGAGACCAGAAAGAACGAAUCAUCCAUCCAAUGAAAGCACUUUAUCUCUUUUCUUCCGAUCACUGUUGCCAAAUUUUAACUUGCAGGGUGACAUCAGGCACGACGGAGACGUAGAGGCGGGAGCGGGGCAAGACCUGAACCAGGGGGUGAACCGGCUCAUGGCGGCCAUGCGGGACAUGCUGGCCAACAUCCAGUUCCAGGAACCCCCCCGAGAUGACAAUCCUGAAGGCGAUGGGGACUGGGACUGAGCUGAGAGCUCAUGCCUGCCCCUAACCCUGGGUGAUUGCACCCCGCCCCCCGCGCUCCAAUAAAGUCCUACAAAGCAGAGGGGGCUGGCUGUCAUUUGGGGGAAGAGGCUGCGGCCAGGGGAGGCUGCAGCAGGGGCUGAGCACUGUCUUAAAAUGGGAGAGCUAAUUACAGCAGCUGUCCCUCGGCAGCUUAGGCCCCUUCUGGCCCCUUACAGAUGCAUUCGUUGCCUGGUUCCCCCAGCUGCUCUCCUGAGCUGUGUCCUGUGCUUAAUCAUGGGAGAUCUCUUCCUUGUGCUCCUCCUGUCCUUUGUGCCUCCUUCGGGUGAAGGCUCCUUUUCUCCUCCCUGCUGCUGAGUGCGGGGGCAGGGAUGGACCAGGCUGCUUGGAGCUGCUCUGUUGCUGUCUGGUGGGGGGAGUAGCUCGAGUUGUGCUGCAGCCUCUGAUGGUGCUUGAAACAGAAAGGAUACCCCUCCCCUCUUUUUGCUUUCCUCUCCCUUCCCUUGUUUUGCCACCUUCAAGCAGGGUGCAGUGUGGUGCAGCGCCCAGAAUGAGGUCAGCUGCAAUAAAGCCCUUAGCUCAUCGUUCCUGCUCACAAAGCUUUUCCAUUUCUGCUGUGUAACGGUGUAUGAGGCUCUAAU